CUAUUCUCCGUAAAACCUAUCGAAAUGAAUACUGAAAGUGCACCCGCUGUUCCAUAGCCAGCCAGAGGGCCCACGAACUAUGGUCGCCAUGAGUACACUCAUGGUAGCGGUUUGUACAUGGGCUAAUAUUCAAGCCUGAGGAAGCGCAUUAAUCCUUCAACGACUGAAGAACUAUGGUCAAGUGAUGAAACCAAGAAAAAUUUCUGCGGAAUCUGCAAUGUUUUAUUGAACAUCCAUGAUGCAACUUAAUGCGUACAGUGUACUAUGCGAAUACACAUUAGAUGUGGACAACUAUAUUUAAAUACUGAGGGUAGAUUCGUCUGCUCGUUCUGCAUUAGGGGAAAGUAUUUGUUGGACACUCAGGAAGAUGGCUUUAAACGACUACAGGUUGAAGCUACAAAAAUGAAAACAUUUUCAGAUGAAAAUUGUGCACCAGUGAAUGUCGGUGAUAGUAUAAGAUUAUUUGUUCCAGCUGUAGAUCGGGGACUUCUAGAUUUUAGUAAUAUUUUUCGGAUCGUGACUCGUUUAGAAAAUAGCGUUUAUCAAAUAGGAACCAAAGACGGUUUGCUGAAGGGUUGGUUUCCUCGAACCGAGAUUCAAAUUUCAAAAACCAGUGUAAUAGAAUUAACUGACAUACAUAAAGUUGGUGUACUUUCGUUACAAGAGGCAGCAACUAAACAAUCAGUCAGUGGCGGUCAAUGUUGCCCUUGGUUUAAAGCUGGUAUAUUAUGCAAUUCGCGUUGUCAUAAGAGUUCACCUUGUUGUAACAAAUGAACAAAAAUACAACGAAAGAUUCAAAGAAACGAAUUUUUUAUUUUCCAAUCUUUCGUUAAUCGAAGUUCAAAUUUUAUGUCGGCUUUAGGGUAACCCAACCCACAAUUGUUCUGAACUUUUAUGAUUGCUUUAUAGCGAUUUAUAUGAUAAUUACACUUCAUUAUUAUUACAAUAAUAAUUAUUAUUAUUAUGGUACGCUUUCUUAUUGGCUUAAUGCUUAACUGUUUAUAGAAAAAAGUCAUAUCGUAGGCCUAUUGAUCAAUAGUCGGUAUAAAAUUAACAAUUUCAUCACGUCUUUUGUAUAGUUUUCUUAAUUAUAAUUAUCCAGUUUGUACCUAAAAUUUCUUUUUUUUAAAGCAAGUUUAUUGUU